CAAGCAACUUCUGAAGAGCUUUCCUCUGCUGUCCUGUUAAUAUGAUGUGUCUUCAUGCACUAUUACUCUGCAAAAAUAGGAGCCAUUAGGAAUUUUUAGCACUUUGAGGUACAACAAUGAUGGCUCAAUUGCUUUUCUGGUGGAUUCUAAAAGGGCUUUUUCUGUCUUUUCUGCUCAAAACUGCUCUGUCCCUAAACCCAGAUGAUCCGAAUGUUUGUAGUCAUUGGGAAAGCUAUGCUGUGACAGUACAGGAAUCCUAUGCUCAUCCUUUUGAUCAGAUCUAUUAUACAAGAUGUACUGACAUACUGAACUGGUUCAAGUGCACUAGACACAGAAUAAGUUAUAAAACGGCGUAUCGAAGAGGACUAAGAACGAUGUACCGGCGCAGAUCUCAGUGCUGUCCCGGAUAUUAUGAAAGUGGAGACUACUGCAUACCACUCUGCACAGAGGAGUGUGUGCAUGGAAGAUGUGUUUCUCCUGACACUUGUCAUUGUGAACCAGGAUGGGGAGGUACUGAUUGCUCUAGUGGUGAGUAAAGAUUGCAAAAAUGUAAUAAAGAUAUAUACUGCUAUUAAAAAUUGUAGGAAACAAAGCAGUGGCCUUAGAAAUUGGGUGCUUUAAAUGGAAAUUGAAGCUUGUCAGUUGGUUAUUUUGCAGUGAUUAAUGUGUGAUAUUAC